GACCCUCUUCGCGCUCUUCCUUGCCCGACCACAUGGCCUCCUAGCCGGACGAUGCGAGAACUGAGCUCGCACCCACCAUGACACGAUUGCCGGGGCCAGAAGUGAGCCUCCGCUGGAGCCCGGUACCCACAGGCCAAUGGCAGGGCACUCUGCCAAGUCCCAUCUGGGGAGCCCGUCUUAGUCUUACUCUCGGGAGGAAGGGAGGGUAGGGAACGGUUAUCACCCAGCAGGGGAGGGAUCGUACCCUUGCCCGCGCCCAUGCUCGAGAUACAAAGAGGCACGACCGGCUCCGGGUCCUCCAAGUCGGGAUGGUGUUACCGGUCCUCCUCCUCCUCUUUCCCCCCGGCUUCCUCACCAUCCCCUCCGCCACCCCGCAGCCCUGCAACCCCCGGGUUAUACUGUCUCACCCAUAGCACCCGAUCGUUCUCGCGGAUACCGUAUCCACCGAGAGCUUGUACGCGCAGUCGUGGCCUGGCUUGCACUUCUCGGAGCAGACUGAGCUCCUGAGAUAGAAUUUGGUGUGUUGCACCGCGUGCUUUAGCGAGCAACACGACGUCCCGUCGACACCUUCACUGGCACUCGCACGAAAGGAACAAGCUCCAGCCCCGAGAAAGGGGGCUUUGCCUGCCCGACAUGGCUCCUCUUGUCGACAACCUACAUAUGGCGCCCGUCGUCGCCGGGAGCAGUAAGGUGGACAGUGAGGGCAACAGCAUCGGCUUCAGCUACUCUACCUUGCAACCAGACGGCAGCAAGAUGCUCGUCACAAUCGGCGGUCUCCCGCCAACGCCGGCCACAGAAUUUGCCAUAUCACCACCCCAAACCCCCUUGCCGUCUCCGCCGGCGUCCAGAGCUAGGCCGGCAACUGUCGAGGACGACGAUGAGUUCCCUACACCGGCACGCCCUCAUGUCCUGUUCCAGGAGCCAGACCCAGUCACCCCUGUCGCCACCUCUCCGAAGCGCCGUGUCGGAUCCCACCCCAUCAGGCCGGCCGGCAUCCACGACUCGGAACCGGGCGGCCCCAGGUCGCGGGCACACGCCAAGAUUCACAGCUACGCCGACGGCGCGGCACGCCACGCUUCCGGCGCCUUCCCCCGCAUAUCAAGACAUGUAGAGCUGCUUCGCUCUAGCUACGACGUCGUGGUGAUCGGCUCUGGCUACGGCGGAGGCAUCGCUGCCUCACGCAUGGCCAGGGCUGGCGAGUCUGUGUGCCUGCUCGAGAGGGGCCAAGAGCGAUGGCCCGGCGAGUAUCCGACGGGCGCCCGUGACGCCCUGAGCCAGCUACACUUCAGCGGCGAGUUUUCCCCUCAUCACUUUCCCGGCAAGACGGCCGACGGCGGCAACCCUACCGGCAUGUACCAUCUCAUCUUCGGUCGAGGCCAAAACACCAUCGUGGGCAACGGCCUCGGCGGCACGAGCCUGAUCAACGCAAACGUGUUUCUGCCUGCCGACCAAGACACCCUGUCGUUGAACGAAUGGCCACCCGAGCUCCAGGCCAAGGGCGCCCUGGACAAGUACUACAAGCGGGUUGAAGACGUUCUGGAGCCCGAGGAGUAUCCAGCAGACUGGCCAGUGCUUCCCAAGGCCAAGCUCCUGGAGAAACAGGCAGAGAUACUGCGGAAAGAGCCAGGCCUCGAAAACUCUAGGUUCUACCGCGUGCGGCAGACCACGCGCUUCCGCAACGGGCCCAACAGCUGCGGCGUCGAGAUGUCGCCCUCUGCCCUGAGCGGACAGGACGCCACAGGCCUCAACGACGGCUCCAAGACGACCACUCUCGUCACCUAUCUCGCCGACGCCUGGAACUGGGGCGCCGAGAUGUUCUGCCAGUGCGAGGUGCGCCACAUCGAGAAGGUGACCGACGCGCGCGGUGGCUACAUCAUCUAUUUCGCCUGGCACGGCCGCAAUCGCGGCCACUUCAAGUCCAACCUCCACGGGGACCUCAUGUGGGUGCACGCCAAGCGUGCCGUCUUCCUGGGAGCUGGCUCCAUCGGCACCACCGAGAUUCUGCUCCGCAGCCGCGCCAUGGGCUUGCCCAUGAGCGACGAGGUCGGCCAGAAAAUGAGUGGCAACGGCGACAUCCUAGCCUUUGGCUACAACACGAACGACGAAGUCAACUCGGUCGGCCGCAAACACCCCGACCCCUAUAACCCGGUCGGGCCAUGCAUCACUUCAGUCAUCGACAACCGCGACGGUCAUGAUAACCCGCUCGACGGCUACGUGAUCGAGGAGGGAACCGUGCCCCGUGCGCUCGCCCACAUGUUCCAAGCCAUGCUCGACUUUAUGCCGGGCCGGCAAUGCCCUGAUGACGAUACCGUCGUCGACCGGACCCAAGCCGCCCUGGCCCGCUGGGGCAGCCGGCUUCUCGGUCCCUACUUCCGCAAGGGCGCCGUCGGGCGGACGCAGGUGUACCUCAUCAUGUCGCACGACAGCAACCAGGCCGUCCUGUCACUCAAAGACGACCGCCCCGUGCUCGAGUUCCUCGGGGUCGGUCGUAGCCAGCACGUCAAGGAGCUCAACAGCAUCCUGGCCAAGGCCACCAAGGCUGUCGGGGGCACGCUCGUGCAGAACCCCUUUUUCGCCCUGAUGGGCCAGCAGCAGGUAACAGUCCAUCCUAUCGGCGGUGCAAAUAUGGCCCAAGACAACACGGGCGCCACCGGUGUGACGAACCACAGGGGCGAGGUCUUCAGCGGGAACGGCUCUGAAACACACAAGGGCUUGAUCGUGGCGGACGGCGCCUUGGUUCCGAUUGCGCUAGGGGUUAACCCUUUUGCAACCAUCGCGGCGCUCGCCGAGCGAUGCAUCGACGAGUACGCCAAGGAGAACCACCUCUUGAUCAGUACCGAGAAGAACGGGAUUCUCGAUCUGUUCGGUCAGCCUGCGCACCAACCGAGAGCGGUCCCGCAUGGCCCGGAACUCUUCAAGUUCCAGCAGAAGCAGUCAGGUCAACAUCUCCCCCGCACCCUCACACUUGAUGAGCGCAAGGAGGUGGAGAAGGCGGCGAACGCCAUCAACAAGGCACAGGCCAUGAGGGCCGGCGGCUUCGGCUUCACCGAGGUCAUGUGCGGAUAUGUACACGGUGACCCCAAGAUGAAGGAAGACUGCCGAGAAACGUAUGAGCUUGCGUGCCGCACGGCCAAGUCUCGGUGCGAGAGCGCCCGAUUCUUCCUCAGCGUGCAGGCCUUCAACACCAAGGACAUGCUGUACGCGCCAGACGGGCGCGGCAUGCUCACGGGUACCUUUGUCUCCCCCGCCAUCCCCGGCUCGCCCUUCAUGGUGCAGCGUGGCAGCUUCGGGCUCUUCACCAUGGACCGCAAGGCGCCAGGAACACGCAAUCUGACGUACGACUUCGACAUGGUGGGUGUCGACGGUAACACGCUGCACUUUCACGGGUACAAGGUAGUCGACUCGUCGGUUGCGCUGUCGCCCAAGAAGUUCUGGCGCGCGACCUCGACACUCUACGUUACCAUCACCAAGAAGGACCACCCGUCACACAUCGACCGUGCCGAGCACGAGGCCUGGCGCCACUGCACCGUAGUGGGCAAGGGCAUCAUGCACAUACAGCCCCAGGACUUUCGCGCCGAGGUCAAGACCAUGAAGCCGACGGGCCUGUCGGUGUUCCGUCGGGCCAAGAGCGCUGCCUACUUCAUGACCUUCUUUGCCCGCAAGUCGCUCUCGCUGUUCCUGGCCCCCCUCACGCCUCUGCAGUACCCGAGCCAGAGCUACAGUGGCUACAUCAACAACACGCCACCGACCGAGAGUUUCGCUAUCCAGGCCUCUGACGGCGUCUACACGCGCAUGCACAUGUGGGAGGCCACCAGCACCCCCAAGGAUCGCCACGGCCGGCCCACACCUCCUCGGAACUUGUUUAUGGUGCCAGGCGCCGCUGUGGAUCACCAGAUCUUUGCUCUCCCUACCAUUCCCUUCAACACGGUGAACUACUUCACGCGCGCCGGCUACCGCGUCUUUGUCUCAGUCCACAGGAUCGGGCAGAUCAUGGCGGCGCACAACCUCUGGACCACGUUUGAUGCCCGUCUUGACCUGAGGGCUUGCCUCGAGUACAUCCGCGAGAACUACUCCGAGACCGAGGCCCCGGAGCCGCCGUCCAAAAUCUACACCAUCGCACACUGCAUGGGUUCAGUCGCCUUCUCGUCGGGCAUGCUGGAUGGCACCAUACCCGGCAGCUGGAUCUCGGGAGUGACAUGCAGCCAAGUGUUUAUGAACCCCAUAUGGGGCCCGGCCAACAUGGCCAAGGUUAUGGCAGGGCCGGUCCCACUGGACAAACUGUACGGCGCGGCGGCCGGAUCUUGGUUCAGCUGCAGCACAUCGAGGGACGACACGCGCGUCCAGCGAGCAUUGAACCAGGCCUUGCGCCUGUACCCGGACAGACGCAAGGAGCUCUGCAACAAUGCGAGCUGCCACCGCUGCACGCUGGUGUUUGGCCGGUGCUGGAAUCACGGAAACCUCAAUGAGGCGACGCAUAGGCAGAUCGACCGCUUCUUCGGCGGCGUCAACAUGCGCUUGCUCAACCUGCUCAUGAAGAUGGGGACCGAUGGGCAUGCCAUGGAAAACGACUACACGCAGCUCACGACCGAGGAGAACAUCAACCGCCUGCGCGGCAUAUCGUUCCUUCUCUUCGUGGGUAAGGAAAACGCCGUGCUGAGUACCGAGUCCACCUUGCGGACGCUCGAGACCCUCCAGGACCAUUUUGGUGCCGACUCCCUCAGGUCCUCGCCGGUGCCUUCGGCCACAUCAUCGUCAGUGCCAGGAGACAUGCUUGGUGCCGACUUGAAAGGCAAAAGCGGGCUCUCCAGAGCCUCCUCCGCGGGCUCGCUCUCCUCGUCGACUUCCUCCUCGACAGACACGGCUACCCCGGCGACUCCCGUCGACGGCCAGCUCAGGCCUCUGUUCACGGUCGGACUGGGCAUCAAUGGCAAGCAAAAAGCCCGUGAGGACAUCUCGGCGGUACUUCCCUGCAAGAUCCGCUACCAGAGGAAGGAGAUCCCCGGAUAUGGCCAUCUCGACAGCUUCAUGGGCAAGAAUGCCUGGAAGGACGUGUACCCCAUGAUCAGGAAGGAAGUCGACCGCGUCGUGCGGGGGGAGUCGUACAAGUUCGUCGAACCCGAAGACCGCUUCAAGCAAAUGAUGGACAACGGGGACUUGCUGCACUAGUUUUGCCGGUUCCACCUCGUUCCUCCUAUCGCUCCCUUUUUUGUUUACCUGUGUUUCUAAGCCGUCUUUUUGGCUCUACUUCUUUCUUCACCUAUAUCCCAACUCUGUAUUUUUGUAUCGCACGGAUUUUUUUGGCAGAUGGGAAGGAAUUGGGAUGUGUUGGCGCUGGGCUAAAUACGGACAAGAGAUGGAUCAAAGGGAUUGGGUUGCUUUCAGGGGUUUACUUUGGACUCGGGAGCGUUCGUGUUCGACUGUUGUUUAUUGAUACCAUUUGAUUUUAUCAUAGCCAGGCGCCAGGCGCGCCGAAUGUUAUCACUGUAUGACGAGGCAACCUGUGAUUUGUUCUCCAGUGCACUAAAAAUUUGCAAGC